UCGAGCGCGAGAAGGUAGUCCGAAGAGUGUUCCGUGCGUCCCUGUGUGUGUGAAUCCCACCCGCGGCAUGAAGCGUCGCGACGCGGGCCUCUUUGCCUUCGUCGCUUUGUGGACGCUUUUUCUGCAGUGCACGGACGCUGACUGGUGGCAGCUAGGUUUACCCAGUGCAAUAGAAAAUUCGAUAGAUCUGGCCCCAAGUGAACAAAAGGAGACUUGUAUGAAGCUGGACUAUUUCUCAGAACCACAAAAAGAGAUUUGCUCCAGAUACCAAAAGAUCUUACCAAUUCUUGGACUUGGUGCCAGACUCGCCAUAGAAGAGUGCCAAAACCAAUUCUCGUUCAGUAGGUGGAAUUGCACCACCUUUCCAGACAAAAACAGCACAUUCGGAAACGUCGUUUCAAUUAGAAGCAGAGAAGCAGCAUACAUUUCCGCAAUAUCAGCGGCUAGCGUAGCUUAUGCAGUCACCAGAGCAUGUUCUAAAGGCGAUCUCUCAGAGUACUGCAACUGCGAUAACAAGAUAAAGAAGAGGAAGUCGCAGAAAUUCAAAUGGGGAGGCUGCUCAGACGAUAUCAAGUAUGGCGAAGGAUUUAGUAAGCAGUUCUUGGACGUCCGGGAAGAUCCCAACACAGCACUGGGAUUAAUGAAUCUUCACAAUAACGAAGCUGGCAGGCGAGGUGUUCGGUCUCGAAUGCACAAAACCUGCAAGUGCCACGGUGUUUCUGGAUCUUGCAGCAUGCAAAUCUGCUGGAGGCGGUUACCGCCCUUCAGGAAAGUAGCAGAAGGUCUCUUCCAAAGAUACGAAGGUGCCUCUCACGUCAAAUUCGUCGAGAGGCGAAGAAAAAAACUGAAAGCCAUCAGUUCAGAUCUGAAGAAACCCAACAGAACCGAUCUGGUGUAUCUGGACGAUUCUCCAGAUUAUUGCGAGAAAAACGACUCGUUGAAUAUCCAGGGGACUCACGGAAGAAUUUGCAACCGAACCAGUCCGGGAAUGGAUGGUUGUCGGUUGCUUUGUUGUGGAAGAGGAUACCAGACAAGAGUGCGAGAAGUCGAAGAAAAGUGCAAUUGCAGAUUCGUCUGGUGUUGCAAUGUCGUUUGUGAUAUCUGCAGAUCCCGGAAGGAGGAACAUGUUUGCAAUUAAUUUUGUACAAAUCAAGAUUGACUGAAGAGAAUUUUCUGACAAAUCAUCACAGGCGAGAGUUGAAUGGUCGGUAGUCCUGUGGUCUCGAAUGAUAUUAUGUACAGAUGUGCCAAAAUGAGGAAAUCUAGGUCUGCGAACACAUGAGUUGACUGUCGAAAACAGUACACCUAGAUGAUUCAUUCGUGAAAAAUAUGUCCUACGAAAUAUGCACGUGAUGCUGUUUCUUUCUACUUUCUGAAUCCAUAUAUAUUACUUACUUCGUGCAGCUUGAAAUAUCUGAUUACUACAUAUUUUCUGUAUGAAUAUUUGAUAGUAGGCAUUUACCUAGUUUGUGAAUAAUUGAAUCUAGGGGUGAGAAUCAGGAUCCCUCGAACUCUAUAGGGAUUCCCUUUCGUGCGCUCCAAGUGAUGAAGAAAAGAUACUUCUAUGGAAUGUAUUUUCAAUAUAUAGAGGUUACUGAUCUCAGUAUGGUUGACAAUUAGUUCAUAAGAUUAGAAUGGCCAAGAAUACCUACCUGUCUACUUACCUAUCCGCUGAUAGAUUAAUCAGAAUUGAAAGACAUAGCUUAGUGUUUCCGCGAUAAUACAAGUUGUCUUUGGCUUGUGAUUGGUCAGAUUAUGUGAAAAUUUCAAGAUGAGUGAUAUAGUAAAAAAAAUUUUUUGGAAUUGUCUGUAUUAGGAUUGUUAUUGCAUUUUACUCAGCAUGACUUUGGAUAUCAGAAUAUAUCUUUUGAUUGAACAACUUUACUUCAACCAUAUAAUGCAAACUUGAAAUUGAGAAAUAAACGAAUCAGUGAUAUAUCUAUAUCAAUAAAGAAAGGUAGGUGGGUAUAAAUAACAAACAUCAUCAGAUACAAAAAAGUGUGUAAAUUUUGAUAAAAAUAUAUAUCAUCCACCCAGACCCAGAUUCAUGUUGCAUGUAUAUUAUUGUAUAUGGAUGUAUAAUGAUUCGUUAAUAAUAUGGAAGAAAGAAAUUCCGUUGAAUUAGGAAUGUUUCAGAGGACUUUGAAUCCAACAGUGACUUCAGAUUUCUCAAAUCUUUUCUGGUUUUUAUGAUAUACCCGAUGACAUUUUUUAUUCACAUCUCAAAAGAACUUUUUCAAUGCUCUUUCGGAUGGCGAUAGAAAUUACAUUAGCAGUCUCAGUUUCCGACUCAUUUGUUACCUAGUACACAAAUUUAUGAUUUCAUGUGAAUGCCAUGAAUUGAAUAGAGCAUUUUCUUCUAUUUUCACUUAUAAUGAAUAAUUCAUAUACAUGCGGUGAGGCGUCAGUCAACUUCGCUUUGUUGUCACUGUGUAUUUAAGAUUUUUUCAUCACCUUAUUAUAUUAUAUAUAUUCUCAAAAAGUGAUCAAUAAAAAUCAUGAAUUGAAUAACAGUAAAUAAACUAUCAUCGUCUUUGUCAUAUCACAAAAUAUUGUUGAAAUUUGAAUGAUGUCAUUCGUAUUUCAGACGACUAUGAUUCGGAUGCAUGGAAAUUAUAUCAUUUUGGAAGUACGAAAAUAUCCGUUUGAAUCCAAAUCGUACAGGUUGUCUCCUUAUAUUUUGACUCCUAUACCUACAUCUUCAACUAUACGAGGUGGAAAAAACUUUAAUCAUGUAUGAAAGUUGUAGGGUUUCAUCCGUACUAUGUUUUGGCACUCCUUUAACAAACAAAUACGAAUCGCAAAAUAGAGAAAAGAGUACAAAUCUGUUUUUUUUUUAAAUGAAACACCCUUGGCAACUUUGAUUCAAUGCUAUAAAUACAUGGAAAAUGGCUUGAGGAAACAUUAGCAAACUUUAUAACCUCCCAAUUCUCGACACUGUCCCAAUGAUAAAAAAAAUAAUCUGAUACCUCCUUCAUUUAUUAUCAUAGGUACCAUAAUAACAGAGAUCAGUCACCCACUUGACUGAUCUCUGCAAAAUAAUAAGCAAGUAGGUUAUUCCUACUAUCCCAAGAAUGUUCUGGCCACUGAGGCAGAAAAUAUUAAUCCUAUAAAUUAUUUAAUUUCCUUAUAUU